GCUUGCUGUCUUCACGAUUUUUGCCGUUGAUACCUUGGCGACAGUAUGGGAGCGGUGUGCUCUGGCCCGUGAACUAUUGGACGUGUACCAUCUCCCGCGGAACCAGCUAGACUCGUGGAUGUGCAUUGCUUAUCGCGAAUCCCGCUAUGACUCUCUGCACAUUAACUCUAACAACGACGGUUCCAAAGACUACGGAUUGUUCCAGAUAAAUAACCGCUAUUGGUGCACCAACAACGAAUCACCAGAGCCGAACCAAAACAUGUGCAAUGUAGGAUGUCAAACAGUACUCAACGAUCUCAGCGAGACUGUAAAAUGCAUAAAGAUCAUGUAUGCUAAAUCCAACAACACCUGGCAACCCUGGAUUACGUACCCGUACUGUCUGGAAGAGGAUAUGACUCAGUUCACGAAGGGUUGUGGCGUGUAACUUACGCAAGUAAACGACUGCAAACAACAGCUGAACGAUCUUUCGAUCACCAGCAAGCCAGGACCUCAAGACUUCAGUAUUAAAAUUCGCGGUCUGAAAUGUCAUUCCGCAGUGACUAUUGAGGUCACGAACUUUUUUGACUCUUCAUAUGGAAACAACGCCAUUAAAUUUUACGACCAUUUCAUUUUACGACCAUUUUCAGUGUAUGUCAUGAUAUUUUCAUAAAAUGUUAGGCAAUUUAAUAACAUGUUAGGGAAAAACUUAGGUUACGUCCUCCGGACAGUGGAAGCAUAAGAACACGUUACAGCUCAGCUACUCUGAUCAGGCACUCGCAGGCCUAGCUAUGUGUGCGCCAGGUGCGUCGUUGUAGUAAAGCAGUGUUUUGUAAGAUAUCGCGAAUUCCGUUACGCGAGACGUGAUCCGACGUACAUAUUUCUAAUUAAAUUCUGACUGCCCCUGUAUGUGCACUGUGUAUGGGACACACUGAUAUUGGGUUUCGGUGAAUUAAAUUGGCUUCUUCUCUUCA